AUGGACAACACCAGCGUCUCAUUCGAUCCUGAAAACAUGUAUACCAGCCAGAUAAAUGGCGACACCAAACGACUUGUUAUCGCCAACUACACCGUGGCUCAAGCUCCUGCUAAUGCUACUAACGCAAGCGUCGUGAAUGGAUGGCACACCAGUAAGAGCGACCCAGAGGAGCACUGUACAGUCGACUACCGAUGCAAUGGCAAGAACAAACGCCGUCAUGUCUACGAUACCGAUGGGACAAACAAGUAA